AUGACAAAUAAUACGUCAUUAUUCCGCGGAGUACGUAGUUCAAAGUUUCGUCAUGUAUACGGAUCCCCGUCCAGGCGAGAAGAAUUGUAUGACAAUAUACCAAUCACACGUAAUGCUCAUGAUUCUAAUUUUUGUGCUGCCAACCCAAAAUUUGUCGCCAUUGUGACUGAAGUAGCUGGUGGUGGAGCAUUUGUAGUACUACCAAUCAAUAAGACUGGUCGUUUAGAUUUAAAUACGAGCAAAGUUACUGGCCAUAGAGGUCCAGUUUUGGAUGUAAAAUGGAAUCCAUUCAAUGAUAACAUAAUUGCUUCUUGUUCUGAUGAUUGUACUAUUAAAUUGUGGUAUAUCCCAGACAGUGGUCUAAGUUGCAACUUGAAUGAAUGGCUGAUAGAGUUACGUGGACAUCGUCGCAGAGUGGGUUACAUUGAAUGGCAUCCAACUGCAGAAAAUGUCAUAGCUAGCUCUGGUUUUGAUUACAUGGUUAUGUUAUGGGAUGCGGGAACUGGUCAAAUUUUAAAUACAAUUGAUUGCCAUCCAGACAUUGUGCAUUCAUUAGCAUUCAAUAGAGAUGGAACCAGAUUAGCAACAACUUGCAAAGACAAAAAAAUUAGAUCAAUUGAUCCUAGAUCUGGAUUAGUAGUUUCAGAGGGAAUUUGUCAUGAAGGUUCACGUUCGUGCAAGGUAAUUUAUUUAGAUAAUGAACGGUUAUUGACUACAGGUUUUUCAACAUACUCCGACAGGCAGAUAGCUAUUUGGAAUCAUACUGAUUUAUCAGAACCGUUGCAUCGUGUCAAUAUUGAUUCAUCGUCAGGAAUCUUAUUCCCAUACUAUGACUAUGACACAAGAAUGGUUUACUUAGCUGGAAAAGGAGAUGGCAAUAUAAGAUAUUAUGAAAUAGUUGAUGAAUCACCAUAUAUACAUUUUUUAAAUCAAUUUAUAUCCGGUUGCCCACAGAAAGGAUUUGGAAUGAUGCUUAAACGUGGCUGUAGUGUGAGUCGUUGUGAAAUUAUGCGAUUUUAUAAAUUACAUACUACUCGUAAUGUUUGUGAACCAAUUUCAAUGAUUGUUCCAAGAAAGAGUGACCAGUAUCAACAUGACCUGUAUCCUGAUACGGCUGCUCCAGUACCAGCAUUGAGUGCCCAAGAAUGGUUUAAUGGAAUCAGCAAACCACCAGUUUUAAUGUCAAUGAAAACAGGGGUUUCAGUGAAAACACACAAGCCUCAAGCAUUUGUUUCCAAUGAAGCUACCCGCAAUGACACCAAUUAUCGUAUGAAAUUUGCCUUCCUCUCCAAGGAAACAGUGCCUGAUUAUCGACCACUAGAUAUGUUGCCUGAGAUUGAAAAAAUCCAAAAGACUCAAGUUAAUCAAAAUACGAGAUUUCAACAAAUACAGCAGAAAUUGAAUAAUUCAUUAGUAGGAAAAUUCACUAACAUGACUGAUGGAGAUGAAGAAUGCAAUAAUAUGAAGGAAAACUCAAAUUACAACGAUAAUUUAAAAAAUGAAUAUCAAAUGAAAAAAGCUUUCACUCGUCAAUGUGAAGAACUAAACAUGCUCAGAAAGCAAUUGGCCCACAGAGAUCGGCGUAUUCAAGACCUCGAAGAUCUCGUUUCCACACUUCAAUCGCAGCUUAAAGUUCAAAGAUUACAGUAA